ACAUCUCAUUGACAAUGACAAUGACAACUGACAAUAGAACAACAACAAAAAAAUGUUUCGUGUUCAGCGUUUUUGAUGUUCGAGAUAUGUUAUAAUAUUUGAAUAAUUACUUGAUUAACAUUUUGAGAUAACUAUUGCUUUGUAAUAAAACUUGACUCCUUUAAAUUACGCGCGUGAAUACACCUUUAAUUAUAAUUCCGCACAAUAUAAUAACAGCACAAUGAUAGUUGAAGUAAUAUUAAUUGUAACCUCUAUAAAGUUAUUAUUUAUGCCGCUUUACCGGUCAACUGACUUUGAGGUUCACAGGAAUUGGCUGGCAGUUACUCACAACCUGUCCAUUGAUCAGUGGUAUCAUGACACUACAUCAGAGUGGACGCUGGAUUAUCCUCCAUUUUUCGCUUGGCUGGAGCUAGGCCUUUCUUAUGUAGGAAAAAUAUUUGAUCCAGAGAUGGUGAAAAUAGAAAAUUUAAAUUAUGCCUCCGAAGUGACUGUCCUAUUCCAAAGAUUGUCGGUAAUUGCUUUAGACACUGUUUAUUUGUAUGGUACAUAUAGAUGUGCUAGAUAUGUAUCACAUGGGAAUCUUCUUGUGUAUAUAAUUCUUAUAACCAACCCUGGCCUUAUAAUGGUCGACCACAUACACUUUCAAUACAAUGGAUUCUUAUUUGGUGUACUAUUUGUAUCUAUAUCGAAUAUAUUGUCAAAUAACUGGAUAUAUGCAGCGUUUUGGUUUGCAGUGUUGCUAAAUUUGAAGCACAUAUUCCUGUACAUGGCACCUGUCUAUGUAGUGUAUCUGUUGAGAGCCUACUGCUUCACAUUGUCCUCUGAAGAUGGGGUUCACACGCCAUGGUACUCAUUCUCGGUGGGCAAUUUGGCCAAGCUUGCUGCAACAGUUAUCUUUGUGUUUUCCUUAUCGUUUGGACCAUUCAUUGAUCAACUGCCACAGGUAUUUUCAAGACUGUUUCCAUUCAAAAGAGGGUUAAGCCAUGCAUACUGGGCUCCAAAUUUUUGGGCGUUCUAUAAUUUUGCAGACAAAAUUUUGCAAUUUUUAUUUAUCAAGUUUGGCAUCCCAGUGGCAGUGGAAGAGGCGUCCAUGACUGGUGGACUGGUGAAGGAGUACCAGCACGCGGUGCUGCCCACCAUCACGCCGACGGUCACCUUCGUGCUGACGGCGGCGUCCAUGGUGCCCGCUUUGGUUAAACUGUGGCAUUUGGGAGCUGAUAGGAGAUAUAGAAGUCUGAGUUUCUUUAGAUGCUUAACACUGUGUUCGACGUGCGCGUUUCUGUUCGGAUGGCACGUUCACGAGAAGGCUAUACUGAUGAUUUUAGUGCCCCUCAGUUACCUCUCAGUUCUGGGCAAAAUGGAUGCACGGUUCUACAUGUUCAUGUCUAUGGUGGGACACUACUCUCUGUUCCCUCUGCUGUAUCCAAAGAACUUGCUACAAAUUAAGAUGUUCUUACUACUGGCACACUUGUGUAUCGUCUUCUAUUACGUCCCACGUUUAUACGAGCCCAAAAUAAAGAUGAGCAAAAAGCGCAGUUUCUUACUCCUACCAAAGCUGGGUGCGUUACAGACUUUAUAUGUAUACGGUUUGAUAUGUCUGUGUGUCUAUGAAAAUAUACUGCAUCCGUUCCUCGGUUUGGAUAAGACUCUGCCAUUCCUUCCUUUAAUGCUGACGUCAGUGUACUGUGCUCUGGGCGUCUUUUUCUUUUGGAUACGAAUGUAUAAAUAUUUCUUGUACUACCAUUUGAGCAAAGUUCCUACUUUAACGAGAACUACCAAGCCGUUGAGGAGUGUAAAAAAGCAUACGUGAGUCACUAAUAAGUCAUAGAUUGUAGGUAAUUUAAAUAGAAGUAACAAUUUUUUUUUAUUGUAAAAAAAUAAAUGAAUUCAAAUGUU